AUGACAACUAGUGGAGUUCGUCAGGGUUGUACCCUCCUUGCUUUUUUGUCAACUUUUGUCAUUGGCAUCGUCAACCGAAUCCUGCAGAAGCUGGAGGGUCUGGUAUGCAAGACAACCGUAAAAGCGGCAUUACUCCACGGCAUGGAUAACCUGGUAGUAUCCCAGCCCUCGUGCUUCCUUCGGGUGGCAUGGCAGUUAGGCACCGAAAGGGUGCUACAGCUGAACGUCUUUUUUCCGACUGGGGCCCGCGUGAUCCUGCUUGUAGGUGGCUGGAAACCCUGUAGGGCAUGCCACACAAAUAAUGCCAGCGCUACUGUUUUUGCCCGAAUGGAUGAAGAACAACGUUCAGCGGACGAUUUUAAGUUACUGAAAGAGUUCAUACAAGAGACAACAGAGCGUCUUUCACUGCGUUCAUCCUUACUUGAACGUAAUCUGGGUGUCGCCGGAAAGUGGCCAGAUGAUGCGUUUUUUGCAAAAAAGGAUUCUUCUUUGAAAAAGAACACAGCCUUUGUAAAGAAAGUCAGGAACUUUUUAGACAGUCAGAAAGAAAACAUUUUAGCGGAAUUCGAGGUUUUGAAUUUGUCAAAAUAUGUAGAAGAACUGGCCACAGCAAUUGUGGAGGCUAAAAUCAAAAUUACCGACAUUCCUUUUAUACUGAAACUGUGUUCAGCAAUGCACCAGCGCUAUGCAGAUUUCAGUUGCCAUUUUCUUGAUGCUUGGAAGAAGGUGUUUACAUCCUACAAAGACAUAAAACAUGCUAAUUUGUCGAAACUCCGUGUCGACUUGGCUCUAUUCGCCGAUCUAAACACCAUUGGCGUUUUCCGUGAAGCGGAAGGAAUGAGAAUCUUGGCCAGUCAACUAACUGCCCUAACCAAUGGGGAUAUGGAGAACUUUACCCACAUUGGGAUCAUUUGUAGUUUCUGUCGGCAUUGUAGUGAUGAUUGGAUCGGCCUCAUACCCCGAAGAAUACGCAUUUUGUCCAAUGAAUUCGACCUUGAAAUACCGAGAUCAACUUUCAUGCCGGCUGAGCGACAGGCCAAGUGUCGCGGUCUGUUUCACGAUUACUUGGCUGGAGCACGCAUCCAUUUACAAACCAUGGUGAAGGAGGCACGUCGAAUAGUGGCAGGCAAUCGUGAUCAACUGGAAAAUAGGGGCGAGGUUAGUGAGGAGCGGCAAGAUAGAGCUGAUCAAUUGGUUACGAGUUGCCGCAAGUUCCAUGAAUCCCUAACAACUCUGGCGGAUUUGCUGGAUUCGGAUCCACCACCCGAUUUCGCCUCAAUGAUCAAAGAAGACUUGAAAGCAAGCUGUUCAGAUUCACCGGAGCCAGACCAGGAAGAGUCUGGUGUCUCUUCUCAACUAUUCGAGGAUGAGGAUACUCGUCUGUUCUAUGAAAGUCUUCCGGAUAUCAGAGCCAUGGUUCCUGGCAUUCUGUACAAAGAAAGCGAACAAACCAAACCGGAUGCUGGUCGUGAGAAACAUGACGACUCAGACGGGACUGGACCAGAAGAUAUUGAUUUGGAGACAGUCGAAUCUGAGUUGGCCAAAGAAGAAGCUCGUUGUAAGGCUGUCGAUGAGGCCGCAAUCAACAGUACGGGUGGAUCACAUUCGACUGAGCGAGACAAGCCACCAAACUCACUCACCAUAGAAGAUACCGAAGAAGAUCCGAGUUCUUCUGGAAAGAUCUUGAUGGAAACAUUCCUCACACAAUUGCCAAAUUGCAUCAACAGAGAUCUAAUCGACCGAGCUGCAAUCGACUUUUGUCUCAACCUAAACAAACGGUCGAACCGCAGACGUCUUGCGCGUGCGCUUCUUAUGGUGCCACGUACGCGCUACGAUUUGCUUCCAUUCUAUGCCCGUCUCGUGGCUGCUCUUGCUCCUGUCAUGCCCGAUCUAGUGGCGGAUGUUAAUACGAUGUUGACGGGAGAAUUCAGGUGGCGUGUAUCCAAGCGCGAUCAGAUGAACUUGGAGUCUAAGUUGAGGGUUGUCCGGUUCAUCGGUGAAUUGGUCAAAUUUCGCAUUUUCCCAACGCACCAGGCGUUGGGCCUGCUCAAACAACUCUUGCCACAGUUUGUGCACCACAACAUUGAAAUGGCAUGUGCACUAUUGGACACUUGUGGCCGAUUUCUCUAUCGGCUUCCGACUUCACACAAGCGGACUAAAGUCUAUCUGGAAGUGAUGCUGCGCAAGAAGACUGCUUUGCACAUGGACCAGCGGUACGCAAUAAUGAUAGAAAACACCUACUACUAUUGCAAUCCUCCCCCAUCGACCCGUCACGUGGCUGAAUCCGUGCAUCUAACUCCAACCAUGCAAUACUUGCGUCGGCUUUUGUGGCGUGAUUUGGACCGUUCCACAGUGAACAGCGUUCUCCGUUCAGUUCGAAAAAUAGACUGGGAUGACACAGAGUUAGUGAACUUUGCGGAGGUACUGUUCACACGAGCAUGGGAGUUACGUUACACAAAUAUCAAUUGCUUGGCUAGCGUCCUAUCCGGUCUGGCCGUCUUUCAUACCAAUUUCGCUACGGCUGUGGUCGACAACGUGAUCGAAGAUAUUCGGGUUGGAAUGGAGCUCAAUCUGUCCCAGCUCAAUCAACGGCGGAUCAGCAUGGUUAAAUACUUGGGACUACUGUACAAUUAUUGCUUGGUUGACUCACCGGUCAUUUUCAAAAUGUUGUAUUCCCUACUCACCUUCGGAGUCAGCCUGGAUAAUAAUUUCGUCAGCUUGCUAGAUCCUCCUGAUUCGCUUUUUCGGAUCACACUGAUCUGCACACUUCUGGAAACGUCAGGCGGAUUCUUUGAUCUAGGGAAAAAACGGCGGAAGCUGAAUAUCUUUCUGAUCUAUUUUCAACGAUAUUACUGGUUCAAACGCUCACAACCAAUGUGGGUGCAGUUGGAAGAUUUGAAGACCAAAACUUUGUCUGAGAAGGAUCAUGUGUCAGCGGAAACAGGUGUAAGUGAAGACAACCAAAAUGAACUUGAUACGCAGAGCACCGCAGAAUCGGUUCAGAAACAGGACUCAUCGGUUCAUCCGUUGGAAAUACAGUCGCCCCCGGUGAAUCCCACUACAGAGGGUCCACUAGAUGGUUUAGUGUUCACUCCGUUUCCAUUUCCAGCCGCAGUGGAACAGUUCUACAUGGAGACUCUCGCUCAGCUCCGAUUCACCUCAGGUCGCGCGAAAAAUCUCGCGCAAGCCGAACGCCUAGUCAAGCGUCUGGAAGCUCGCUAUUUACCUCGCCUCGUACGGCUCAAAGCAACCUAUGGGUUGAUGGGUGAAACAUCAGAAACAUCAGACGGUCAACUUGUGAAUGGUCAAUCGGAACAAAACGGCGCAAUUCCCCAUUCUGCCAGACCCACCGGACCAGGUCACAUGGACACAAUAGCAGAAGAAGCUGAACCUGGGGAAGAUAUUCCGCUGGAUGAGGAUGACUAUGCUAUGGACGAGGACGAAGACGAUGAGGACGAUGAUGACGAAGAAGAUGAGGAACGGGGGACUCGGUCUGCACAUGCAGAUCGUGUGGACCUUGAUGGGAGCAGGCGACAUAGUCGUACGAAGAUGGACAGUAUGUGUGCAGAUACACCGGUGCAAACCGAAGGACAAGAGGUGUCUAAGCAAGCAAACACAUUUGACGAGGAUCAGCCGGAUAUUGUGGAAAGCGAGGAGGAACGAUUAAUACGUUUAGGCUUGAAACCGCGUUAUAUAGAGUGUCCUGAAGAUGUGGAAUUCCGUGAGGCCUUAGAUCGCAUGAUGGCAGAGGCGCUGUUACUAACAGGCCCCCCUGGCAGUGCAGCUGCAGCUGGUGCAGGAAGUGUUUCCAGUCCGGCGGAGCCAGGGGCUGGCGGAAUCCGAAUACCCACUGGCUCAGUUCUACCCUCUCCUGACACUAUUCAAGUAGUAGCCACACGCGUUCGAUCUUCCACCACUACUUCCGCAAAGCCAUCCGCGCAACAGCCCGCACACACGGCGGCGCUGUUGUCUGCCUUCCAACCUAAAUCUGACGAGGAGAAUUGUCAACCGAGUUUGGAUUCUACGCAACCUCAAACAACUGAAAAUCAACAGAAAACGGUUCCGUUCAGUCUCAUUACUCGUCGGGGUAAUCGACCGCAUCUGGUGUCGCUGGCCGUACCUGAAACCGUUCAAUUUGCAGCACGCUAUAUGCAAGCAGAAGCUGCUGAACGCGAGGAGAAGGCCCGAAUGAAACAGUUGGUUCUGGAAAUGCACGAGGCGCAAAAAGAAGAGGAGAUGGAGUGGGGCCAUCUGGGCAGUCAAGAUGCGGUGUUGGCACACCAAUUCCCUGUGAAUGUGAAUCGUGAUCGAUGGGUGAGGUACAAUCAUCCCAAGGGUGCUCCUGAUGCAGAUGCCGUUUUCGGCACGUCGAGCCAACGUCGUUAAGCUUCCACCUCACGAUCAACUUGGCUUGAUAUCCACAAGAACCUGAUAUUGGAAUCAAUCGGACCAAAGCUCUGAUCUUUGUGUGCCGUUUCCUUCGUGUCGAGGUCUUCAACGGGUGAUAAGAGUUCCAGUGGAAUGCGUGCAGGUUUGCUACUUGUUGAACAGUACGUGACUCUACGAUCGACUGAUUCUCACGAGCCCUUGGCACCCAUUUGUAGCACUUAUGUCCCUUUGUGUUUCACGCCAUGAUUGUUUUCUCCAUUAUUUGGCUUAGCCACCUUUACUUGUGUACAACACUUGCCAGGCUACGACCCCGCAGAUGCAAGCCAUAUUGAGAGUGGGGUUCACUGCAAUAUUGGGACAACCGGUUGAACCACAUAUGGGACCCUUAUCAGCUCUAUGCAUUUUUACACUUGUUUUUCUUCGUUGUUCAGUGUAUUUCUAGACCGGAACGUCCGCUGUCUCUAUUUGAUAAUUACGCCAUCUUUUUUAUGCUCAAAUUUC